AUGCAGCACCCAGAUCCCCUCAGGCACCACCAUUCCGCCGCCUCCUCCGUAGACAACGUCGACGACUUCCUCCGCCAUUCCAGCUCCUCCACCAUCGAUGGCUCUGGAUUCUAUUCCGACUAUCCCAUGGCCAUGUCCGGUCAAAGCUCUCCCUUCAUCAUGUCCCCCUGGCACCAGUCCUCUGCCUCCCCCUUCCCCUGCGAUCCAGCCUCCUCAUCCUCCUCUGCCACCUGCCUCAUAGCAUCGCUCGUCCGCGAGGAAGGGCACAUCUGUUCCCUGGCCGCCGUCGGGGACGUCCUCUACACCGGAUCCGACAGCAAGAACAUCCGUGUGUGGAAGAAGCAGAAGGACUUCGCCGGCUUCAAGUCCAGAAGUGGCCUCGUCAAGGCCAUCGUCGUUGCUGCCGAUCGCAUCUUCACUGGCCACCAGGACGGCAAGAUCCGUUUGUGGCGAGUCUCCCCCAAGAACCCCACCGUCCACAAGCGCAUAGGCAACCUCCCCCGCCUCAAGGACGUCCUCCGCGGCUCGCUCAAGCCCUCCAACUACGUCGAGGUCCGCCGCCACCGCAGCGCGCUCUGGAUCCGUCACUCCGACGCCAUCUCCUGCCUCAGCCUCAAUGAGGACCACGGCUUGCUCUAUUCCGGCUCCUGGGACAAGACCUUCAAGGUCUGGCGCAUUGCCGAUUCCCGCUGCCUCGAGUCCGUCAUCGCACACGGCGACGCUGUCAACUCUGUCGUGGUCGCCGCCUUCGGUGGGCUCGUCUUCACCGGCUCCGCUGACGGCACCGUCAAAGUGUGGCGACGCGAGCUGCUGACCAAGGCAACCAAGCACACGCCGGUGCAGACUCUGCUGAAGCAGGAGUGCGCAGUUACCUCUCUCGCCGUCAGUCCUGCUGCGCCAAUCGUCUACUGUGGCUCCUCCGACGGACUCGUGAACUUCUGGGAAGGUGAGAUGCAGCUGGCGCACAGAGGGGUGCUCCGCGGCCACAACAUGGCCGUGCUCUGCCUCGUGGCGUCGGGGAGCCUACUUGUGAGCGGCUCCGCCGACAAGAACAUCUGCGUGUGGCGGCGAUACGGCGUGGUGCACAACUGCCUGUCAGUGCUGAGCGGGCACACGGGGCCGGUGAAGUGCCUCGCAAUGGUGUCGGAGGGGGAGGCGGAAGAACCAGGUGGUGGAGAUGGCGACGCCGGCGCUGAAGGCGACGUCGGCGCCGAAAGUUGGAUAGUGUAUAGCGGCAGUCUGGACAAGUCGGUGAAGGUGUGGCGGGUGUCGGAGGGUCCCAGUGAGCACGCCGACGGACAUGGAGGCGGCGGCGCACUAAGCUGGUGA